AUGUCUGGCUAUGAGGGAAUUCAGGAUCCGACAGCCUGCCAAGGAGACAACACGCUUUUCUUCAUCGAUUCACAUGGCGAACGACCACGCAACGAGCCUUUGCAAAUCAACCCGCGAGUUCCCGCCGGUCCGCCAAGUGACCGCGAUCCCGAUAGUAGUGAGGACGAAGUCGUGUUCAGUGGGAGACUGAAUCAGAAUACGCGAAUCCACAAUGUCGGCGCAAGAUCUUGUGUCCAGCCACAGGCUACAUUUUCACGGGUAGCUGUCCAGGUUGUGGAGGAGGACAUACAAUUUCCCGCACCGACGCAACUACAAAGUACAUCUCUUACCACAGAUCCGCAGGAUCCCGAGAACUUGCAAGACUCAUACAUUGGCCUGUCGUUGAGUAGACAGACCAGAAACAAACGGAACGCGAAGAAGAACAAUAAGAUCAAGAAAUCUAUCUGGGACGAUGAUAGCGUUUUUGCCGACUACGUGAAAAACGUGGCCCGUAAUGCGAAGGUGACGGACUUAUCUAGCGAUGAUGAUGGCGAGCAUGUCGAUGAUAUUCCCGAGGACGGACUGGGGUUGACCAAGGAAGAGAAAGCAAAGUUUUGUGCCAUAUCAACACUCGACAUUGUCGAGGAAGGCUCGAUGUUGGUCAGUGAAGGAAUCGAUGAUGAAAUCUCCGACGAGGAGAAUGACGAUGACGAAGAUUCCGACGAGACAGAGGAUUCAUCCAUGCUCGACGACAUAAUAUCCCAGAUCCGUCGUGGAGCCUCAUUCAAGGAAUUGGAAGCACACUGGGCAAACGACGAUAUGUCGCUAGAUCUAUUCGAAGGCGAGCGCGAGGUCGAUUUUGAUAUCGUAGAUAUGCAGCAGGACGGUCCUCUGAAGAAGAACAAAAAGAAGAAAGGAAGGCGUCAGAUGGACUUUGGUCUGAGCGAUAGCGAUCUCGAGCUCCGGAUAGAAAAUGCAUGGGAGAAAGAUCGGGAUAAAAAGGCAGCCAAGAAACGCGAAAGAGAAAAGCUUCGCGCAGAGGGUUUACUUGGGAAAAACAAGAAGAAACUUGAUCGCAGAGGCAAGGAUAAAUCAGGCUUCGGGACUGAAGGAUUGAAGGUUGAGCUGAAGAGCUUUCUUCAGUCACAAUCCGAUAGUCUCGAUCUGCCUCCUAUGAAAAAGAACCACCGCAGAGUGAUACAUGAAUUGGCCAAUGCUUUGGCGCUCAAAUCCCAAUCCCGAGGCAAGGGCAAUGCACGAUUCCCCGUCCUAUACAAGACAGGUCGGACGCCUAACUUCAAUGGCAAGCACAGCGUCAAGCUUGAUAAAAUCCUGGCUCAACCACGAUUCAAUCUGCGACAGAGCACUCGUAUCAGUGUCAGUGAACGAGCUUCACCGGGACCCAAGAAUACGCGCCGACGCCAGACGACGAAUAUGGGCGCAUCCUACCUUGAAGGUGAGGUGGUUGGUGGUUCCGCACCUGAGAUUGGAGCAGACAACAAGGGCAGAGCUAUGCUGGAGAAGAUGGGAUGGAGCUCAGGAACAGCACUGGGUGCUCUCAACAACAAGGGUAUCCUGCAACCCGUUGUUCAUGUUGUCAAGAAUACACGUGCUGGAUUGGGCUAA